AGUAGUAUGAAUUGUCAAACUCUAACGGAAUUGUGUUUUGUUGCCAAUUGGCAUAUCGCGAUUUAUAUUUAUUAUGAAAAUAAUAUACUUCCUUAGACUAAGAUGAUGAAAUUAUUGUUUUAUAGCGUAGUUAUCAAUGCAUUUGCUGUCUGUAUAGCUUCCAAAUUUGAGACAUACGACAAUGCGUCUCAAAAAACGUUUGUUUAUAACACGUAUGGCUAUGAUAAACUGAUUGAUGUCUUGGUUAACAAUAAAACAACACAAAUAUUGGAUUUUUAUGAGGAUUCCGAUUUAUAUUCCGGAUAUCCAACCAGAGUGCACGUCAGCAGUAAUAGAUCUAUAAAUGGCGACUACCCGCUGUUUGUUACUGCCGCGCAGCAGAAAAGUGUAUCCUCAUGGGAGCUGCCCUUGCUGGUGACGACAAAACACGCAGUUCUGCAUUUCUAUGACAUCCAGCGUACUCUGUGUCCGCACGACGCCGGACCGAACAUAACAUCGCAAGGCCGGCCCACUCUGACUCUAGCGACAUCUAGCCCCAGCGAUGUGAACGUUCGAAUCAAAUUAAAGAGAGUGAUGGAUUUCUAUUUGGAAGUAAAUAAGGAGGUCCGCCUGAAUGUGACCCCCAGCACGCCCAAGUACUAUUACUUCUCCUUCGACAGAGACCCGUGGAACGUCAGCGCUGGUCACCGGGGCAUAUUGCCCAGGUUUAACUACACAAUACCAAAGAGUGUACUACUGAAUAUCAACUCGGACGAUGACAUAUGCGCUGUUAUAUCCAUACAAAACAACUCGUGUCCAGUGUUUGAUAACGAGAAAGAUAUGUUAUACCAGGGGUAUCACUUCACUAUGACUACCAAGGGUGGUAUCACUGUCACUCAAGCAAUGUUCCCGAACGGUUUCUACGUAGUUUUCAUUGUGAAAGAGAACGAUGAGGAGUGCACGGGCGUGAGCGAGACGGAGAGCGACCCACGCGCGGACGGAAGGUUCAAGACGUUUACUGUAACUGUGAGCACAGCGGCUUCGACGAGCGACCUCCUGCUCGGCGCGCUGGCGUUCCUCGCGCUGAUCGCGCUCGUCGCUGCGCUCGCGCCGCUCGGCAAUGUGCUCACUUGCCGGCAUACAGAGUUUAUAUUGAUCGAAGAUUCAGCGGUGCCCUCUACCUCUCGCGAGAGUACCGAGACGGAGGCGGUGGUUAAAAACAGUGAUGAUUCAGAUGGAGAUUCAGAAGAGGAGUUACAGGGGAGGUCCCUUCCCAUACCUCUAAAUGUGGCUCGUCUGAGUCGUAACAGUAAAACUGGCAAUAGAAGAUCGGAUAGAUAUUUCUGGAGUGCACUUACAGUGGCGGUCGUGUACGCUUUACCGGUGGUACAGUUGCUGUUUACGUAUCAGAGGAUGGUGUUUCACACUGGUGAUCAGGACGUAUGCUACUACAACUUCCUAUGCGCUCACCCAGUGGGACCCCUGGCCGAUUUCAACCACGUCUACUCGAAUAUCGGUUACGUCAUUUUGGGCAUAGCAUUUAUGGUGCAAGCGAGAUGCAGACACGUGCGGCAUGGUGGUAAUCAGGAGCAUGGUAUACCCCAGCACCUGGGCUUGUUCUACUCAAUGGGUCUCGCGUUGGCCAUGGAGGGUCUGCUGUCAGCGUGCUACCACUUAUGUCCGAAUAAAAUGAAUUUUCAGUUUGACUCAUCGUUCAUGUACGUAAUUGCUGUGCUGUGUAUAGUGAAACUCUAUCAAUCGAGACAUCCGGAUGUGAACGCGAGCGCACAUGCUACUUUCAUGCUACUCGCACUUUUGAUGGCUAUAGGUUUCCUCGGCAUAAUGUAUCCAAGUGUUUACUUCUGGAUCUUUUUCACAAUCAUGCAUCUGUGCGUUUGUUUUGUGUUCACGUUUAAAAUAUAUUACGUCGGACGAUUUAAAAUGGAGUGGACAAUACUGCGGACUGCCGCUGGGUCGAUCAAGCAGCACGGCUGGCUCGCCCUGAAGCCCAAUUAUCCUGCUAGAGCUGUGCUCAUUGUUAUUGCUAACCUUGCGAACAUCGCGUUGGCGGCGUAUGGUCUGUACGAGCACGACAAGAACUUCGCCCGCCACUUGUUGGCCAUAUUGAUGGGCAACACAAUUCUGUACAACUGCGGCUACGUGGCCAUGAAGCUGGUGCACCGCGAGCCCGUGCCGGCCGCCGGCUGGCUGUGGCUCGCGCUCGCGCACCUCGUGUGGGCGCUCGCCGCCUACCUGUUCCUCAGCUCCAGGACCAAGUGGUCGGAGACGCCGGCGCAGUCCCGCACCCACAACGCGGCGUGCGACGCGAUGGGCGUGUUCGACACGCACGACCUGUGGCACCUGGCCUCCGCGGCGGCCAUGUUCUUCUCCUUCAACGCGCUGCUGAUAUUGGACGAGCCGCUGGACAACACGCCGCGCCAUUUGAUACCGGUGUUCUGAGGUUAUGGACGGACAUCUGUGUGCGUGUGUUAGUAUGUUCUUAUGUGGUAGUCGAGCACGCUUCGGCUACGAAUUGAGCCAGCGCGCACCGGGGAAGUACCACACCCCCACAGAAGACCGGCGUGAAUUAGCAUUCUGCUGUGUUUCGUUCGGUGAGUGGGGAAGCCGGAGGCCCAUAUCCUUUUCCUUACCCUCCCCAGUCCUUUCUAUUAUUCCUCUCGCUAAUCCUUUCUUAAUCCCUUCCCAAAAAGUCGGCUAUCCAUUUGUAGAAGCGUAAGGUCUGCAGUGGACCUUAUGCCUCUCCAAAUGUUCAUGGGCGGUGGUAGCGCUUACCAUCAGGCGUCUCACCAGCUCCGUUGCCGACUGUAACAUAAAAAAAAUGUCCUAUACAGAUAGGAGAAUGAGAUAUGUAUAUGGAUAGAUAUAGAGAGAUAUAGAGAGAGAAUUUGUGUAGAAUGCUCACGUGGUCAUAAGUGGGUCGUAUGAAAAAGUGAAAGAAUUGUCAGUAGUAGGUAUGUUUAAUACUUGUAUCGAUAAAUAGAUUCGGCCAGCGGUGUUGCUCGCGUAGGCUGAUUUCGGGAAUUGAGAGGGGAUUUUCGGGAUAAAAACUGUACGAUAUCGUUUCUCGAGUCUAUCUCUGUGCUAAAUUUCAUCAAAAUCGACUCAGCAAUUUCUGAGAUUAGCGCGUUCAUGCAAGCGAAGAAACUUUUAAGCUUUAUGUAUGAGCAUAUAUUUCAGUACUUCUUAUGGAUAGAGUAGAAAAAUUUAUAUUUAGAAAGAGAGAGAAGCCAGAACUUAUGUCUUCUUAUGACGUAAUAAAUAUUAUAUACUCUUUUACUGUCCUAGCUGCGCAUGCGCAAGAGAGACAAAGAGGAUAAGUAAUCCCUCUCUUUCUAUCUAUAUAAUUAUAUGAUAGUAUUGUAUUGUAUAGAAAAUAUGUUUGUAUCUCAUUUUAUUUAAAACGAAUUAACCUCGUGUUAUUUAUAUUCUUAUUAUUGUUCCUAGUAAUUAUAAUUUUUUGUCAAAAUAUUCAUUGUACUGUCAUACAUUUAUUUAAAAUAAUAAAAUAAAGGGGAAUAUCCACUGCAGUAAAAAACAACAGAAAAUGUAUGAUAAUAUGCUUUAGGUUAUACGUUAAUUUGAUAAUGCGUUGAAAGCAUAAUGACAAUUUGUAAAUUGGAUACAAUAGAAAAACACUAAAAAAACAUCGAUUUACAAAAUCAUACGGAUUUUUGUCAAAUUAUUCAUCAAGCAACAAAUUAAUUUAAUGUGUAUUUUUAGUGUAUACAAUAGAUUUUUUGUAAGUCACAUUUUCUUAUUUCUGAACGAUUCAAUGUACGCAUGUGUGCGUGCCGCCCUGUGUACAAACAGCUGGCCGAAACCUCUGAGGUUGUUUGUAUAAAUAUUUAUUUAUUUACACUUUAUUGUGCUGUCAUACUUAACACAUAUUUAAAAUAAAUUAUACUAAACCAGCACAGCGGGCGGGCUUAUCACUGAAGAGUGAUCUCUUUCUGGCAAGCGACAUGUGUGAACGACGAAAUAUGUGUGUACGGCAUAGUUUGUGUGUGGCAGUGUUUCCUUUAUUUUACUAAAAUAUUAAGAAUAUCAGUUAUUUAUAAGCAAAUAUAUUUUGUAUUAUAUCAUACUAAUGAAUAGUUUAAUGGUGUCCUGAUAAUUUCGAUAAUGUACUAUUUAUAUAUGUGCACUAUUUGUAUUUUUGGUUUAUACAAGUAUUUAGUUUGUUUUCUAAAGCGAAUAAUAAGAUGAUUGAUUAAAAUAAUUAAAUUUUUUAUAAUAUAUAGGCUUGGUUACGAGACCUUUAAGCCAAAUUAAAAUAAUUAAUAAUUUAAUGUAGGUAUAAUGGCUGUGACAGAUCAAACAUUAUAGAUUGCCACCCAUUAAAUUCGAAUUUGCCUUGUAAUUUUAAAAUAGUUCGUGAUUUUUAAAUAAUGUCAUUCAUUUAUUUGGAACACCUUUUGUCUUUUGAUGUCAUUGUAUCAUUCAUUACAUAUUUGUAAUUAUGUAGGAGAAUGGUGAUAUAAUAUCAGAAUCUUUUACGUAGUUUUCAGUCACUGUGCUUUCGAUGUAUUUUAAAUAACUGGGCACGUUGAUUAAAUAUGAAUUGUAGGUAAGUGAAAAUAUCGGAUAAAUUAUUUUAUACAUACA